AGCCAGGCUGCCCCUUUUAUUCCCAGCAACACAAAUCGAGGUUUUUAUCAGCCUGAAAGAAUCUUUCUUCUAAAUGAAGCCCAGCACUGUAAUAACUUGAAAGGCAUCUUUAGGCAGCGUAGUAAAAAUGUUUGAUUUGUAAUCGCCCGCUGAACUCUUGCACAGUCUGUUGCCAUAUGGUACCUCCCUUCUCCUGGCAAACAAUCUUUCCUUGUUCCGAACUCCUCGGCCUCCCCACCCCCUCCUUUUCUGGAGGCUAUGGGUAGGAAAUCCGAAGGAGGAGUUUCUUGUGCGCUCAGUGUGUUCGUGGUGACAUCAUAGGUGGGCUGAACGUCUAAGUCGAGUGUGUGUUUGUUUAAAAUAAACUGUCCAAAAGUGAUGUAUAUGGAAUCUGGGUCAGCUGUAGCUGGUUAGUGCACUUCUGCAUGUGAGACUUAAACACUGCAGUUUCAAACAACGUUUCUUUCUCUCUUCUGGAAUUCAACAUGCUGGAACGUUACUAUUUUUUUUUUUUCUUAAAUAAUUAGUUAGCUUGGUUAUUGUAUGGAGAAACCAAAUUCCUCAGUCCAGCUUGGAUCUAAUAGAGAAAGACAAAAGCAGUUUUCAACUCCAACUGCAGAUUAACAAUCCACAGCAUCGGUAAUAUAGGAAGAGCAAGCAACUUGGCCUCUGGAUUUUCCGUCUACCACAGAAGCAAAACAGCUGCAGGAUUUUUUUCUUGUAUCUUCUGGCAGCCAACACACUUGAUUCAAAAUGAAGAUAUUUAAAUGGACUUGGGGCAUGCUAUUGUUCCUGCUGUUGUCUAUCGGGCGCUGUACAGAACAAUCCACGCCUAAUAAAACAUCCCAACGGAGGCACCCUCGCUCAGCAGACGGUGGAGAGGAAGGGAAAAAAUGUGGUUACACAUUCUUGGUCCCAGAACAAAAAAUCACAGGGCCCAUUUGCGUGAAUACUAAUGGACCAGCUACUGGCAACAGAAAAGACGAAGUCACGAGAAUGGACAUAGAAAACUUGAAGGACGUGCUGUCCAAGCAAAAGCGGGAGAUCGACAUUUUGCAAUUGGUAGUGGACGUGGAUGGAAACAUCGUGAAUGAAGUAAAAUUACUACGGAAAGAAAGCAGGAACAUGAACUCGCGGGUCACCCAACUGUAUAUGCAACUCUUGCACGAGAUAAUUCGGAAGCGCGAUAACUCACUUGAGCUUUCGCAACUGGAAAACAAGGUGCUUAACGUUACAACAGAAAUGCUGAAGAUGGCAACAAAGUACAAGGAGCUCGAAGUAAAAUACGCAGCACUAACUGACCUGGUGAACAACCAGUCUGUGACUAUCUCGCUGCUGGAAGAGCAGUGCUUGAGAAUCUUCUCGCGCCAGGACACGCACGGGUCCCCCCCUCUUGUCCAAGUGGUGCCGCAGCACAUUCCCAACAGUCAGCCCUACAGCCCCGUCCUGCUGGGAGGGAACGAGAUCCAGCGAGACCCCGCUUACCCCAGAGACAGAGACGUAAGGCCACCGCCUGACCCAGCCACUUCUCCUACAAAGAGUCCUUUCAGAGUACCGCCACUGGCUCUAAUUAACGAGGGUCCAUUCAAAGACUGCCAACAAGCCAAGGAAGCCGGGCAUUCCAACAGCGGGAUUUAUAUGAUCAAGCCUGAAAAUAGUAACGAACCAAUGCAGCUAUGGUGCGAGAACAGCCUGGACCCCGGAGGAUGGGCAGUUAUUCAGAAGAGGACAGAUGGAUCUGUCAACUUUUUCAGGAACUGGGACAGUUACAAGAAAGGAUUUGGAAACAUUGAUGGAGAGUACUGGCUGGGACUAGAAAACAUUUACAUGCUUACCAAUCAGGAUAAUUACAGACUACUGAUUGAGUUAGAGGACUGGAGCAAUAAGAAGGUCUAUGCAGAAUACAGCAGUUUCCGUCUGGAGCCCGAAAGCGAAUUCUACAGGCUACGCUUAGGAACAUACCAAGGAAACGCAGGCGAUUCCAUGAUAUGGCACAACGGAAAGCAGUUCACAACACUGGACAGAGACAGGGAUAUGUAUUCAGGCAACUGUGCUCACUUUCACAAAGGCGGCUGGUGGUACAACGCGUGUGCCCACUCCAACCUCAACGGGGUCUGGUACAGAGGCGGCCACUACCGGAGCAAGUACCAGGACGGAAUAUUUUGGGCUGAGUACCGGGGAGGUUCCUACUCCUUGAAAGCAGUUCAGAUGAUGAUCAGACCUAUAGACUGAGGAGGAAAAUCCCACAGUGCUCAAGUGAUCAUGUAUAAACUUCUCAGCGCUUGAGUUCCAGAAAAAUAAAAUAUUACUUUUUAAUCAUUAUUUUGCACAAUCUACCCCUGCAAAAAGCAGGUCUACAGUUUUCCUCUCUUCCCCCCCUCCCAUUGUGUUCCCCCUCCUUUUUUUAGAAACUUCUUCUACUGUGACAGACGGUGUUUUUUCAAACACACAUUCACAAAAGCAGAUGUUUGUGCUUGCAAAGCAUAUUUAUCUUUGUUCAAGUCCAACAUACUUUAUGUAAACAGUCAUUAAAGCUGGUAAAAAACUCCAGACAUAUGACAAGAUAUAAGCUUUUCACUUUAAAAGCUUAUGCUUUUACAGGUUAGCUCAAGCCUUAAAUGUAAAUAUGUGAAAUGACAUUGUCUUGCUUUAAUGUGAAAAUUGAUUAGUUAUUUAACAAUUUAUUUAAAAAUGUUGGUAUUACAUUCAAUGAGAAUCUGACUUCACAUCACUGUUUAAGCUUUACUCCAAGAAGCUACACAAAAAAUUGAAGCCAUUCUAGCUUUGCCAGCAGAGAGAGAUUUUUUUGGCAACAAAUUAUUUCAAAACGAAGUGGUGAAUUAAACAAAGUAUAAAAUUUCUUAGUGGUGUAGAGAAUUCCUUAAGACCUGCAUAUCCCACCUUCUGUUAAACACUUGGUCAAAACGUCCUUAAAAUAAGAAAAAUAAUUGCAUGAAAGAAAGAAAAAGAAGAAAUUGCUCAGUACUUUUUUUACUUUCUACCUCCAUAUCCAAACAGCCUAUUUAAACAAAUGUAUUUCUUGAUGCUUCAAACUUAAGUGACAAAAUGAAAAGUUCCGAUCUUAAAAUCGUGACUUGCCACUUGGACACCGUUCCCUGCUCCGCCGAGGAGUGACGAGAUCUAAAGAAGUGUUCACACGUACUAACUUAGAGAAGUACCAACUCUCUGAAUACUAUAAGUUUCCUCCAAUGCAGCUUUCUGCUGACAUAGGAAACCCAAGAUCAGAAAUCAGCCAAGUCUGUUCUUCCUGCAACCCCAAACUUGGACUGCUCUUCUGACGUACACGUUUCCCUUCCCCACAUGUAUACAACUCUGAUAUUCUCUAUAUUAAAUUUGUUAUCUUUCUGGAUAUCUGACUUCCACCGGAAUUAAUACCUUAUUUAAGAAGUUAAUUAGAAAAUACUUUUCCAACCUUUAACAAAUGCCAUCAGAUAUACUGCGUCAAAACAAGAUGCUCUCAAAAUCAGAAACAACCAAAUAUCCACUUUAGGUACCAGUCUCCAUAACUAAAGCUUUUUCCUCCCAUAUAAAAUUAUUUUAAAACUGCAUUUAGCCACACAGGCUACCUAAUUUAAUUUGACAUUAGACAAAAGUUAAAUAUGCUGUUCUCAACUGUAACCAAUGUAUUUCUUUGGCACCUUGUAUGUCCCUUCAGGAUUUGAAGGAACCUUGCCCCUAUUUAACAUAAGAAUUCCUAGGAGCUAAAAGAAUAAUCUUAUUGUUAUAUUAAAUUAGUCAAUACCAACUGCUAUGCAAAACCUCAUUUGUAGUUCAGAGGAGAGCAAACAGCAUUCUGCUUUCAAAACACACUCUCUGAAGUAGAUAAAGCUUCAUUGCUAAUAUAUGGCUGCAAGGGUUGUGGUUACAUCUUUGGUCAGAGAUUAAAGCCAACAAGUCUCAAUAGUAUUUAACUGAGGCUGGCAUGGUGGGUGGAUGGGGAAAUCACUCCCAGCAUAUUCCAUUCCCAAAUUCCAAGAAUUUUAACUGACACUAAUGUUUAAGAUGACAAUUCCGAAAUUGUACUUUGUAUAAGGAAUAUUUAUUUUUUACAAAUAUCAUACAGACCUCAUUGAUUGAGUGUUCUAUAAGAUGCUUUUUAAUUGCAAAUGCUAAAAAUUCAGACUAUCUAGAGUAGAUUUCUUUUUCUAUGGUAGCUGGAUAGAACAGUUGAAGUAAAUGUAAAAGCUGAAAAUGCCCUCCAAAACAUUCCUUUAAUGAACACUUCUGAGAGCUUAAGUUCAUUCAACACAUUUCCUCUCUUUGGAAUCCUAAGAUCUUAUUUUACCACAAGAACCUGCUACAAAAACAGUGUUUAUCCAGUGCAGUCAGUGAAAGGUAUACUUUAAGAAACCUCUAAGUAAAAUUAGCUUCCACUCAGCCUUUGGAUUAAAUCUUAUACGUUAGACUUCUAAAAAGUGAGUCUCUUCCAGUUUAAAGCUGCAGGAUGGCAUUAACUAAACAUUAUUACAGAAUAUACCCAGAAAGCUCAGGCUGUACAAAUGCUCUGCUCUGAAAGACUUAGUUUUAAGCUGCCUACUUAAGAUUACAAGGAGGGAAAGUGCAGCUUCUUUUUCAGGUUGGUUCAUGCUCUGUACAGUAAUUCACCCCUAUCAAAUGCUUGCAACUCUAUCACUUCCUGGCUUUCGGGUUGAAUUUUCUAAGCAGUGUAAGUGACUUUAAAGUUCAAUGUUUUCUCUCACGCUUUUUUUUAGAAAAGUUUUUCAAAAGAGGCUGUAUCAUCCCUGUAGCUCAUUGCACUGGACGUUCAGAACCGGCUGUCUGCGAAGGUUAGAGCUUUGUCAGUCCAAAUUUCACCAAGCAGGCCUUGCAAAAGUUUAACCUGUACUAAACCUGAGACAGAGUUUGCACAUGUAUUUCCAAAGUCUAUUGCAAGCAGUAUCACUGAAGUAGCUGAAUAUUCAUCAGAAGAAUACUUCAAUAACCUGUUUUCAGCUUUCCCAUUUCUGGAUAUAAUUCCUGAAAGACAGCUAUAAGAAAAUAUUUCACAAGGUAGUACUGCUUAGUUAAAUAAAAAUCUUACUUCUCAA